AUGGAUGAGCACACAAGAAAAACCCAGGCCAUGGCAGACAACCUUGUAGCCAAAUGCGAAGAGUUUGUGUUCGAGAAGUUACAAAAGAAAACGGACUACCAUGAAACAUACAUACAAGAGAUUCUGCACUUGAUUGAAGAGAAGCUGGAUGCCAACAAAGAUCUUGAGACAAGCCUCAAAUUUGAACUGAACAUCAAAUUGCAUAUUUGUGGGUUUGCAGCCAGGACCUUCCAGAAUCUGCAUGAAAAGUUCAGAAAUGACAAUAAUCCUCGUUGGUGCCUUGAACAGUUCAAAGGUAAAUACUUGGCAGAUUUCAAAGACUUGUUCAGUGGACAAGAUCAGUGUCAGAAGAAAGCCGAGCGGUUCACCACCCUGUGUCUCAAACCUGCAGUAGAAGCCUAUAUUGCCAGUUCCCUGGGUCUGGAAAUUGUUGACGAAAUGCUGACGGGACAGAAUGCCUCUCAAUUCAGCUCUCGGGCUUUUUUCCAGUACUCUAUCCUGAAGCAACUACUGUCAGAAUUCAACUUUGCCAAGUAUGUGAGCUACAUUUGUGACUACGAAGGCUUUGUCAAGAAUUGGAUUUUGGAUGAAAUCUUGAAACGCUUCUCACAAGGAAAUAAAAUGUUUGAAUUGGAAGACUGUCAACUCAAAGGGAUCGUCAGUGUCAUCACUGAGGCAAUCAAGAAAGCACAGACGAAUGAGAAUGGCAACAUAAAGAAAUUCAUUGAGGACAUAUGCAGGUACCUUGGAGAGAAGCUGGUGCUUCCCCAAGAUGCGUUGAAAGCCACCAUGAUCCUCAACAAUUCCAAACAGGAAUCGUUUGCCCACUGGCUCAAAACAUCUGUAGUGGAGAUGGAACAGUCGCUGAGAGAAGAGUUCCAAAGAGCAAGGGAUAUGAAAAAGAAAUUGGAAAGACAGAACAUCAAGCCGCAGAAUGAGCUGUUCACAAGAGUGUUUGGCUGCGGGAAGCAGUGCCCAUUCUGCAAGGCACCGUGCGAGGCAGGAGGAAAAGCCCACAGAGACCACUGUGCCUCAAUACACAGACCAGAGGGACUUGGUCAAUAUAGGUUUCAGGGCUCAAGAAAACUUGUCACUGAUAUCUGCUCCUCUUCAGUGUUCACUGAUGCCACCUUCAGCUGCUAUGCAACAGGUGGACAGUGGCAUCCUUACAAGAAAUACCGGUACAUUUACCCUGACUGGCAUAUUCCUGCGGAUGCCAGCAUACAGGCCUCAGACUACUGGAAAUUUGUGAUGGCAAAAUUCAACGAGCACUUUGCCAAAAUGUAUGACGCAGAGCCUGCAUAUAUUCCGCCUGCCUGGAGACUGAUCUCAAAGAAACAGGCAGAAGAAAGCCUCAAAGAGUCUUUUAGCAUCAAGAGAGAUUCUCUACAAUGCCUCAAAGAGCAAUAG